AUGCUUCAGUGCUCUCUGUGCAAGCUGCGCUCUCAUCAGUGGUGUUUCAUCCUCUUCAAUGUGCUGCUCUUCCAUGCCUUGCUGUUUGGAGCAGAUUUUGUCGAGGAAUACCUCCUGCAGCCCACGCCUGGGGUUUACACUGAUGUCAUGGUUGUAGGUGUGAGGGAAAAGGCACGGAAACUAGAUCUAAGCAACGCCAGGAAGAAUAUCUCCCAGGCCUACGCUAUCCCCAACCCUGAUGCCUGCAGAAACUCUGACCUCUUCCUCCUUGCUCUGGUCUUCAGCUCUCCAGCUAACUUUACUCAAAGAGAUGCAAUCAGGAGAACAUGGGCAAACCAAACAUUAAUCCAAGGCUUUCCAGUGAAGAUACUCUUCUUUUUAGGAUCAACUCAAACUUCUGUUCCUCAGGAUGCCAUCAUGAGAGAGUCUGAUCUUUAUGGAGACAUGAUCCAGGGUCACGCUGCAGAAGAGUCGACCCUCCAUGGCCCAACUGAGAGGACAGAGCUGGCUCUGCGCUGGGUGAUCACCUUCUGUCCUCUUGCACGCUUUGUUCUGCUGACAAAAGAGAAUGUGUUUGUCAACCUCCCUGCCAUUGGAAGCUAUCUGCUGGGGCUACACAGGCACCCUGAAGACCUGUACCUAGGUAGGGUGAUCCAGAGAGACUCCCCCAACAGGGACCCCAGCAGUCCUGGCUACCUGCCGCCAGCUCUUUACCCCAACAAGUACCUUCCUGAUUACUGUGAUGGAACUGCUUUUAUUCUGUCUCAGGAUGUGGUCCGAAAAAUAUAUGUAGCAUCUACAGCAGUUCUGGCUCCUGUGCCAGUUGAUGUUUUUGUGGGUCUUUGUGCUCAGAGGGCUGGUGUUGCACCAACUCACAGUUCCUGGUUCUCGGGAGAGAAACAUAUCCACUACAACGCCUGCUGCUACCACCAUCUGUUUUGCUCAGCAGGAAUUGGGAGCCGUGAGUUAGAGAGAGUGUGGACAGACUUGGGACAGAAAGGUGGAAGAUGCUCAUAUUUUAAAACCUAUUACAGCCUGGUGAUGUGCAAGAUAUACACAUACUUAGAUAAACUUACAUAAACCAUCCUUCCACGACUCACAGAAACAAACUUUAUUGCAUAGUUAAUAGUUGAGAGUCA